AUGAACCCAAAACCACCCACCAUGAAAGAAGACUACCAAAAGAAACUCACCCCCUUCAAACUACUCAAACCCAUCGCCUACCUCCUCCUCCUCCUCCUCUCCUUCACCCUUGGAUACCUCUCUUCCCCUUCUUCUCCAACAACCCCCUCUUUUUCUCCUCCCACCCCCCAACUCCCCCAACUCGUCAACCUCCCAACUCAACUCGACCACUUCCGACUCACCACCCACUGCGCCACCCCACUCCCUUCUCACCUCAUCCGCCAAACCAUCCUUGACCGCCUCUUCAACUCCACCUCCCCCUUCGUCAACUUCCCCCCUCCCUACGCCACCCCCCUCCUCCAACGCAGCCGCGUCAAAGGCUGGGGCUCAAAAGGCGCCGUUUUCCAAAACCUCAUCCAAAAAGUCCAACCCAAAACCAUCAUCGAAAUCGGCACCUUCCUUGGCGCCUCCGCCAUCCACAUGGCCCGCUUGACCAGCCAGCUCGGCCUCAAGGACACCCAGAUCCUCUGCCUCGACGACUUCCGCGGCUGGCCGGGCUUCCACAACAGGUUCGGCGGCAUCGGCCUUCUAAACGGCGACGUUUUGCUGCUCUACCAGUUCAUGCAGAACGUCGUCUCGGUCAACGCAACCGAGACGGUCUUGCCCAUUCCGUUCUCAACCGGGUCGGGUCUUGACUGGCUCUGUGAGAUGGGCGUGUACGGGGAUUUGAUCGAAGUGGAUGCGGGUCAUGAUUUUAAUUCAGCCUGGUCCGAUAUUAUUCGGGCUUACCGGCUUUUGCGGCCCGGCGGGGUUAUUUUCGGGCACGAUUAUUUUACCGCAGCGGAUGACCACGGGGUGAGGAGAGCGGUAACUUUGUUUGCCCGAGUUUACGGACUCAAGAUUAAGCUUGAUGGGCAACAUUGGGUCAUUGAAUCGAGUUAAUUAAACUUAAUUAGUAUAAAUUCUAAAUCUUAUAGAUGAGGCUUAUGGUGUUUGACUACUUGCAA